UUUAUGAGGCCAGCGUAGCGAACCAAUUCUGAGCAAUGGAAUUAUCCUUGUUGAAUAUAUGCAUUUGUAUUCUAUGGUCAAUUGGCUUAAAAUUCAUACCGUCUAUAAUAAUCUGCGAUGCCCAGUCACCAAAUAUUAGAUUAAUAGGCGGAACCUCUGCUAUGGAGGGUCGAGUGGAAGUUUUUUAUAAUGGUUAUUGGGGAACGGUAUGCGAUGACAACUUUGAUGACAAAGAUGCUGCAGUUGUCUGUCAUAUGCUCGGAUUCAGCAGGAUAAAUGCCAAAGCUAAGGGGUCAGCCUUUUUUGGAGAAGGAUCUGGGCAGAUUUGGAUGGAUGAGCUGCGUUGUACGGAUUCGGAUACCGAUUUGUUUCAAUGCCCCCAAAACAGCCGUGGCACCCAUAACUGUGUACAUGGAGAAGAUGCCGGUGUCGUCUGCCAAACACUUUCUGAAGGAACAGAUAUCAGGCUUGUGAGCGGAUCUAGUUCUUUGGAGGGUCGGGUGGAGAUUUUUUAUAAAGGUGAAUGGGGAACUGUGUGCGAUGACUCCUGGGAUAAUAACGAUGCAGCAGUCGUCUGCUUUAUGCUGGGAUUUUCAAGGAAAACCGCCACAGCAAAAACAUCAGCAUACUUUGGACAAGGUAAUAGCCAGAUGAGGAUUUGGACAGAUGAUGUUAAAUGCCAAGGAGAUGAAAGAGAUUUAUUUCAUUGUAACAAGUCGAGGAUGGGUGAACAUAAUUGUGGACAUUCAGAGGAUGCUGGAGUAGUUUGUUCUUUAGAUGAAGCUGUGCGACUAGUCGGCGGGAAUACGUCUUUAGAAGGUCGAGUUGAAAUACAUCAUGAAGGUUCGUGGGGAACAAUCUGCGAUGACGGAUGGGAUAAUGAGGACGCAGCAGUGAUCUGCUCAAUGCUAGGAUUUUCGAGAAACAACUCCAUUGCAAAAGGCGGAGGAUCGUUUCCUAAUGGUGUGGGUCCAAUAUUGCUUGAUGAUGUCGGUUGCACAGGAAGUGAGCGGUUCAUUUCACAAUGUCGGCACCGUGGCUGGAAUAGACAUAACUGUCAGCAUAGUGAGGACGCUGGGGUGUCUUGUAGAUUAAAAGAAAGCAGUGUAAACGGUUGUGGAACUGCUGAUAUCUUGAUAGUAAUGGACGACAGUGGCAGUGUCGGAUCAGAUAAUUUCAUCAAAAUGAAAACCUUUGUGAAAGACGUCAUCCGGGGUCUAAAUUCAGUGCUAUUUAGAUUUGGUGUGAUUACUUUCAGUGGAACUGUGACUAAGAAGUUUGGGUUUGCUGAUUAUGUUCACCUCCCUGACAUUUUAUCUGCUGUGGACACUAUUGCUUUUAGAUCUGGAGGCUCCACACAGACCGGUGAUGCUCUCAGAUAUGUAAGACAAUCGAUAUUUAACGUCAGGCGGCCAGAUGCUGCUAAUAUUGUCAUUCUAUGUACGGAUGGAAAAUCUACCAAUUCCGAUGAAACAAAGCAACAAGCAGCUCAACUUCGCAGUCAAGAAGUACGAAUAUUUGCAAUUGGAGUUGGUAGUGGUCCAGAUACAGAGGAACUUAAAGCAAUAGCUUCUUCACCCAGUAAUGAACAUGUGUUCCAAGUUUCUUCUUUUACAGCCCUUCCACAAAUUCAGAAUGCAGUGCAAAACAGAACAUGCGAAGCGUCUGUCGAUGGGGGGUUCAGUGAAUGGUCUACAUGGACACAAUGCAGUAGGACUUGUGGUUCUGGAACGAAAACAAGAAGUCGUACUUGCACUAACCCAGUGCCAACAAAUAAUGGUCGAAAUUGUACAGGACGGUAUUGGGAAAAUGUACCAUGCACGAUAGCUGGUUGCCCAGUCGAUGGACAAUGGGGUGAUUGGACGGCUUGGAGAGACUGUAGUGUAUCAUGUGGAAGCGGAUAUCAACAAAGAAUCAGAAACUGUACAAACCCAAGCCCGCAAAAUGGAGGUCUUCAAUGCCGUGGAACAAAUGCAGAGACACAAACAUGCAAUUCUAGUCCCUGCCCUAUUCAUGGCGGAUUCAGUUCUUGGAAUAAUUGGAGCUCAUGUUCAAAAUCUUGUGGACUGGGAUCAAAAUCUAGAGGUCGUUCAUGUUCUAACCCAACUCCGCAGUACAAUGGAAGAAACUGCACUGGUGAUUUCCAUGAGACUGAGGAUUGUCUUAUAACACUCUGUCCUGUGGAUGGAGGUUGGAGUUUAUGGUCAACGUGGACACAAUGUGACGUUUCAUGUGGAGGAGGAAUGCGUGUACGAAGAAGAACGUGUGAUACACCCUUUCCACGCUACGGCGGACAAUCCUGUUCUGGAGAAAAUCACGAGGAAAAAGACUGCAAUACAAUGUCAUGUCCAGUAGAUGGUGGGUUUAGUCAGUGGAGUGACUGGAGUUCUUGUUCACAAACAUGCGGCCUGGGGCAAAGGACUAGAAAUCGCAGCUGUACUAACCCAUCGCCAAUGUAUAAUGGAAGGAACUGUAGUGGUAUUAACAAUGAAAGAGAGGAAUGUCUCAUAAAGAAAUGUCCUGUUCAUGGUAACUGGGCUAUAUGGAGUACCUGGACACACUGUAAUGUUUCUUGUGGAGGGGGAAGGCGUGAAAGAAACAGACUUUGUAAGAAUCCCCAACCAAGGCAUGGAGGUCGGCCUUGUUUUGGUGAAGAGAAAGAAAGUAUGGAUUGUAAUACGAACCCUUGUCCGAUUAAUGGUGGAUUUGGCGAGUGGAGUAGCUGGGGUUUAUGUUCACAAUCAUGUAAUAGUGGAUAUAGGACAAGGUACAGGAAUUGCAUAAACCCCACGCCGUUGUUUGGUGGCUCUAACUGCUCCGGUACAUGGGAAGAAACCCAAACAUGUAAUGAUCAUAACUGUCCAGUUCACGGGGGAUUUGGUGACUGGACACAAUGGUCUGCCUGCAGUAGGACAUGUGGAUCUGGAAAAAGGCAAAGAUACAGGGAUUGUAAUAAUCCAUUACCAGCUUUUGGCGGUAGAAGAUGUUCUGGCGAUUUUGUGGGAGAAGAAGAUUGCAUAGUUAAAAAUUGUUCAAUAAACGGCGGAUUCUCAGAUUGGGGCACAUGGUCAACAUGCUCAAAAACAUGUGGAGGAGGAUUGAUAUUCAGACAGCGAUCUUGUAAUGACCCACCUCCAGCAUUCGAUGGGUUAAACUGUACAGGCAGUUUUGUCGAAUCUGCCUUGUGUCAAAGUAAUCCAUGUCCAAUACACGGACAGUUUGGAUCGUGGGAAGAAUGGUCUCCUUGUUCUAGAUCAUGUGAUGGUGGAACCCAAUCUAGAGUGAGGAAAUGUAAUAACCCAUAUCCACGAUAUGGAGGUCAGAAUUGUACAGGUGGCUUUUCUGAAAGCAGAAGUUGUAACUUGUAUAAAUGCCCUAUUGAUGGCAGCUUUGGCGAUUGGGCGAGAUGGACAGAUUGCACAGUAAGUUGCGGCGGUGGAAAAAAAUCUCGAACUCGGUUUUGUGAUUCACCGAGUCCAUUAUUUGGUGGUAGAAACUGCAAUGGUAGUUUUUCUGAAGAAACAGUUUGUAAAACUUUCCCUUGUCCAAUCGAUGGUUAUUUUGAUGAGUGGGAAGCUUGGACUGCAUGUUCCCGUACCUGUGGUGGGGGGAUACAAACAAGAAAUCGGGUGUGUUUUGAUCCAAAACAUGGAGGCCGUGCUUGUACUGGGCAUUUUGUAGAAUCUUUAAAUUGCAAUACCCAAAACUGUCCCAUUAACGGUAAAUUUAGUGAAUGGGAGACAUGGACACACUGCACUCAAACUUGUGGAAGAGGGAUAAAGAAAAGAUCAAGAUAUUGUAACAAGCCAAUACCAAUGUAUGGCGGAAAAAAUUGCAGUGGAGACUUUACAGAAGAGAGUGUUUGUAAUAUCAAUCCAUGUCCGAUUGAUGGAAAUUUUGCAGAGUGGAAUGAAUGGACAGAUUGCUCACAAACCUGUGGGAGUGGUAAACAAUAUCGUAGACGUACUUGCUCAAAUCCAUAUCCGCAAUAUGGUGGAAAUGAUUGUAUUGGAAAAUCCAUGGAAUCCAUGAAUUGCAACACGUUUUCGUGUCCUAUUAAUGGACGGUUUUCGUCCUGGAGUGAUUGGAGUAGCUGCACUGCCAGUUGUGGCGGUGGGACAUCAAAGCGAGUAAGAACAUGCAACAAUCCACCUCCUCGGUAUGGAGGUAAUAAUUGCUCGGGCGAAUUUGAAGAAUUAGUAAUGUGCAUGAAUAGUUCUUGUCCGAUAAAUGGGGGAUUUGGUGAAUGGAGUGUUUGGUCUUCUUGCUCCAAAUCUUGUGGUACAGGUGAACAAACUCGUCAAAGAUUUUGCGAUAAUCCAAAACCACAGUUUGGAGGAGAAAAUUGUAAAGACAUAUUUGAAAAUAAAAAAGAUUGCAAUACACAGCCAUGUCCUAUUGAUGGACUGUUUGGUGAUUGGCAAUCGUGGAAUACAUGUCCAGUUAGUUGUGGAGGCGGAAUAAGAAAUAGAACAAGAUUAUGUGACUCACCAUCUCCAUCCUUUGGAGGAAGAAACUGUAUUGGACAUAAUGUAGAAGAGUCCAAGUGUAAUGAAAAUCAUUGUCCUGUUGACGGAGGUUUUGCUGAAUGGAAUGAGUGGUCACAAUGCACACGAAGCUGUGGCAGUGGUGUAAAGAUUAGAAAUAGAACAUGUGAUAAUCCUUUGCCACAACAUGGUGGGAGGCCAUGUAUUGGACAUUUUAUUGAUUAUACAAACUGCAAUUUUCAACUGUGUCCAAUUGAUGGUGGUUUAAGUGAAUGGGGAUCUUGGUCAUCUUGUUCUGUGAGUUGCGCCGGAGGUAUUUCAAAGCGAUUACGCUUUUGCACAAAUCCAAUUCCAAGAUACGGUGGGAAAAAUUGCUCCGAUAACCUUACUGAAACAAGGAUAUGUCAAACAAAUUCUUGCCCGAUUGACGGUGGUUUCAGUGAAUGGAGCAUGUGGUCAACCUGCUCAAAAUCAUGUGGGCUAGGUUCGAAACGUCGAGAGCGGCAAUGUGACAUGCCAGUUCCAAAACAUGGAGGAAAAAAUUGCAGCGGUCUAUUUUCUGAAAAUGAGUCCUGUAAAAUUGGACCUUGCCCCAUACAUGGUGGUUUUAGUAAUUGGGGAAUGUGGGGAGACUGUUCCACUACAUGUGGUGGUGGUAGAAAGACAAGAGAACGAAAAUGUAACAACCCAGUGCCUGCUUUCGGAGGAAAUAACUGUACUGAAUCAUUUUCUGAGGAUAUUGAGUGUAACACAUUUUUUUGUCCGAUAGAUGGACAGUUUUCUGAAUGGAGUGAAUGGUCAAUUUGUUCUGCUAGCUGCAAUGGAGGAUCUAAAAAUCGAACACGCACCUGUUCCAGUCCACCUCCUAGAUACGGUGGAAAACCAUGCAAUGGUCUUAGCACUGAAUAUGGUGUAUGCAACACUCAUCAAUGCCCUAUUGAUGGUAAAUUCACGGAAUGGGGAAGUUGGACACCUUGUUCAGUUACCUGUGGUGGAGGUUUAUCAAAUAGAACACGUUUUUGUGCAAACCCAAGACCUCAGUAUGGUGGCAAAAAUUGCUCUGGUUUAUUCAGUGAAUCCCAAAUGUGCAUGGAGAAUCCAUGUCCUAUAAACGGUGGUUUUAGUGAAUGGAAUUUAUGGUCAGAGUGUUCCACAUCAUGCGGAGGAGGGUUAAAAAUAAGGAAAAGGACAUGCAGUAACCCUUCUCCACAAUAUGGAGGUCUGAAUUGCACAGGUCAGAACAAGGACACGGAAAAUUGCAACACAUUACCAUGUCCAGUAGAUGGUGGAUUUGGAAAUUGGGAAUUUUGGUCUGUCUGCACCUCAAGUUGCGGAGGAGGCACUAAACGAAGAGAAAGACAAUGUAAUUCACCAAUACCAGCCCACGGUGGAAAAAAUUGCGAUGGCAAUUAUUCUCAAUUACUAGAGUGUAAUGAAUUUCCAUGUCCAAUUAAUGGUGGAUUUACUGAAUGGACCGCUUGGUCUCAAUGCUCACGUAGCUGUGGAGGAGGUGUGAAAACACGUUUAAGAACAUGUACCAACCCAUCCCCACAAAAUGGUGGAAAGCCGUGUAAUGGUCAUUUUAUUGAAUCUCUAAAUUGUAACGUUUAUCAUUGUCCUGUUGACGGAGGUUUUUCACUUUGGGGUGCAUGGUCAUCAUGUUCUGUCACUUGUGGUGGAGGAAAAUCAAAAAGAUCCCGCUCAUGUUCCGACCCAUCUCCUUUAUAUGGAGGUAAAAACUGCACUGGUGACAUGGAAGAAUUUACAAACUGCAAUACACAAAACUGUCCCAUCGACGGAAGAUAUAAUGAUUGGAGUAGCUGGUCAGAAUGUUCCUUAACGUGUGGAGGUGGCCUAAAGGCAAGAUCACGACGAUGUAAUAAUCCCUCGCCACAGUAUGGCGGGAAACAGUGCAGUGGCAGUGAUAAUGAAAGUUCAUCAUGCAAUCAACAGCCUUGCCCAAUAAAUGGUAAAUUCAGUGAAUGGUCGACAUGGUCGACAUGUUCCAGAACAUGUGGCGGUGGCACAAAAACAAAGUCACGCGAAUGUAAUAACCCUAUUCCAGCAUUCGGUGGGGAAAAUUGUACUGGGCCGUUCCACAAGUCUACCGAUUGUAACACACUCCCUUGUCAAAUUGACGGAGGGUUAAGUAUGUGGAGCGAAUGGACAAUAUGCUCCGUAAGUUGUGGAGGAGGUGUUCAAUUAAGAAACAGGUCAUGUACAAAUCCAGUUCCACAAUAUGGUGGGCUGGAAUGUGAUGGUGAGAUGACACAAUCACUCCUUUGCAACACACAUGAGUGUCCUGUAGAUGGAAAGUUCUCCGAAUGGGGGUCUUGGUCUACCUGCACUGUAUCUUGUGGAGGGGGCAACACAACACGCAUUCGCAGUUGUAAUAACCCUGUCCCGCAGUAUGGAGGAAAAAAUUGUAUUGGUGAAUCUGAACAGAUAAAGACUUGCAAUUCUGUUGAAUGCCCAAUAGAUGGAGGAUUCAGUGAAUGGGGUGUUUGGUCAGAAUGUUCUGUAACAUGUGGGGGAGGGACUACAAUUCGUAGAAGAUUCUGUUCGAAUCCAACUCCACAAUACGGAGGUAAACUUUGCCUGGGAUCAUCAAAUGAAACCAGAGUAUGCAACACAGAAAGCUGUUCAAUUUGUGAAAAUCCUAACACUGAAUUUGAAUGUCAUAACAAAGCACACUGCGUUGAUAAAACGUUUGUUUGUGAUGGCUACCCAGAUUGUGAUGAUGAGAGUGAUGAAUCAGAGCAAGCCUGUAAUCUUGGAAAAACUAAAGGCGGGUUACCACCCUGUCCCGAAGGACUGUAUAGAUGUCCUAAUUCGAUGUGUAAACCAAGCCAACUUGAUUGCUAGUUCAGUAAAAUGAGAACUUUUGUAAAUGCAAAAAUGUUUUUGAAUGAUUUUCUGUUGUGUAACUUUGUAUAAAAAGUUUUAAUCAGAACUUAUUUUAGAAGUAAGUUAUCUUUUGUUUUUAAAUUGAGCAAAGUCAACUUUUAGUGUGCAUUAUAUUUACUGAAGUCAGAUGAAUCUUGUAUCAACUGCAAAUUUCAAGUAA